UAAAUUUCUCACUAAACCUAACUCAUCCAGCAGCAUUCACAUACAAUUAAACAAACAUUGUUUAGCUAUGAGCAACCUUUCUUUUAUGAUGGCUUUUCUUCUCUCCUUCUUGUUGCUCUUCUCUUGUCAAAGCAUAAUUAUUGAGGCCAGGGAAAGCAAAGAAUGUGUAGGAAAAUGUCCUCCUAAGCCUUCCCCUUCAAUGAUAGAUGCAAAAGAAGGAGUCAACAAAUGUCCUCCUACUCCUUCUCCUUCGAUGAUAGAUUCAGAAGAAGGAGUCAAUAAAAAAGGUAAAGAUAUAGGCAAAUGUCAUAAAUCUCCUACUCCUUCGAUGAUAGCUUCAGAAGAAACACUCAACAAAGUAUGUAUGGACAAUAAAGGAAAUAAAAUCAAAUGUCAUUGCAAGUGUCCUAAGCAUAAAGCUCAUACUCCUUCUCCUUCGAUGAUGAUGGAUUCAGAAAGAGCCAACAACAUGAACCAUAAAGGACAUAUGGGUAAAUGCCCUCCUAGUCCUUCCCCUUCAAUGAUAGAUUUAGAAGGAGUACUCAUCAAAGAAUGUAUGGACCAUAAAGGACGUAUGAACAAAUGUCAUUGCAAGUGUCCUAAAGCUAAAACUCUCACUCCUUCCAUGAAUGAUUAUGGUUUUUUAAAUUAGAUGUAAGCCUCAAUUAUAUUUUCUUCAUAUAAUAAUAUUAAUAAAAAGGGUCAACAUAGU